AUGCAUCGGAAAACACACCAAAGUCGAUUGUUUGGGAAACCUCUUCUGGAGCUUCCAAAGAUUGUCGAAAAUACUGUUGCAGUUGAAUUUUGUCCAGCCGAAGCAUACAUCCAUCAAGAACUUCGGGACUACUUCAUUGAAAAGGUCAACGACCUCGUCAACAACUGCGAAAAGCAGAAACUCUGCAUCCUUGAACUGAUCCUUAAAUUUCGCAUGUUUGUUAGCCACCUCCUUGUGGCUCAAAACUUUAUCGAGAUGAUUCUCAAUGGCCGCAUCAUGAAUCAUCUGAAGAAGUUAGCGAACGAAGAUGCCGAAUGUCACGCUCCAUCUGCUACGAUCGCGCGGCUUCUCGUGAGCGUGGUUGAAGAGCCUACCGUCCAUGUGACUCUGCCAUCCGACGAUGCCCAAAACGAGCAUGCACGAUCUAGACCCAGGGAGAACCUCAGUCUGGUGGAAGAGUCCAAUGCUUUGAUGAGCAGCCUUUUUUUAAAAGCGAACUAUAUGGAAAUACUACAACGGAAGAAUUGUGCGAUGUGCCACAACCCUCCGCUCUACUUUUUCACCACCUCCUGCCAUCAUCGAUAUUGCGAAAGAUGCUUUGACAGUCUUGCAGAUGAACACGGAAAUUUUAACGCGACAAACCGACAAUGCCUUGCAUACGAAAAGUCAAUUGAGAGCGUUGUUUUCUGUUAUGAUUACUGCGAAUCAAACAGAUCUUCGCCGGAGAGAAAAUCUGCGAAGGCGUCACCCAGCAAAAAGCGUUCAAAUGUGGACACCAAAUCUUCCAAGCAAGAGCUCAGGAGCAAGAAGCAACGAACGGAGAAUCGGAAAACCAAUGACCAAUACACCAAGUGGAUGGGUUCUCCACAGCCCUCGGGAGAAACGAGAGGGCCUCAAGGUGCCCCUACUUGGGCCCAAAUUGAGGUGGAGCCUGAACCUGAGCCCAAAAUCAAUUGGGUCGCGAAGAUUGGUAGUUUGACUCCAGGAGCCAAGCACACCGCGGUUCGCAAGCAAAUUGGAACGUGGCUCACCGAAGACGAACACGUAAAGAUUGUAGUCUUUGCGGAGUUCCUAGGCUCUAUCAAAUUGCUCCAGGACAUGUGUAUCACAAACAACUGGAAGUUCACAACGAUCACCGGCAGACACUCUACCACGGCCCGUGAAGUCGAGGUAGAGAAAUUUCGAAAUGACCCAAAGAUGCAUGUUCUGAUCGCCACCAUGAAAACGGGGGGAAUCGGUCUAAAUCUAACCAUGGCAAACAAGUGCAUCAUUUGUGACCAGUGGUGGAACGCCGCGAUGGAGCAACAAGCAUAUUGCCGUCUUCAUCGAAUUGGACAAUUGCGUGAUGUCGAGUAUGUGAAGAUCGUGGUGACAGACACGAUCGACGAGUGGAUACUUCGACUGCAGCAGAAGAAGACCAACGAGAUCAAUCAUUACGUCGGCGGAUCGCAACUUUCGGACCAUGAGAUGCUGAAGGAAUUGCUGUCGGUGUUCGGAGAUGUCAGCGAACGUGAGGGAGGCGGUUUAUGGAUCACAUGCAAGGGGCCAAAUCCUUCCCGAAGACAAGGAAAGAUGCCUUCAAGUUCAUAA